AUGGCUCUCUCACUCUUGAUCGCAAUAAUUGUAUCGAUUUUGGCAUGGUCUCAUUUCUGCCGCCCCAGCCGGAACUUUCCACCGGGGCCAUACCAGUUCCCGAUCAUCGGAAACAUCCUCCAGCUAGGGCGGAACCCCCACAAGUCUCUCGCCGACCUCUCCAAAACCUACGGCCCUGUGAUGUCUCUCAAGCUCGGUAGCAUCAACACCGUCGUCAUAUCGUCGCCGGAUUCUGCCAGACUGGUGCUGCAAGAGCACGACCAAGCCUUCUCCGGCCGCACCAUCUCCGCCGCCGCCGAAGCGCACGGCUUCGACAAGAUUUCACUCGCACUCAUACCGGUUGGAGAGAGGUGGAGAAAACUGCGAAAGCUGUACAGAGAGCAGAUGUUCUCGGCGCGGCGCCUCGACGGCGGCGCGGGAGUCCGGCGCGAGAAGGUCCAGAGGCUGAUAGAUUACUUGCGCAAGUGCAGCGAGAGCGGGCGGGCCGUGGAUUUGGGGCAGGCGGCGUUUGUGACGUCGUUUAAUCUUAUGAGCGCGACUAUUUUCUCUGUGGAUUUGAUUGAAUUUGAAUCCGGCACAACGCAGCAUCUGAAGGAGACGGUCGAGGGCUUGAUGACGACUUUGGGGACUCCUAAUGUGGCCGACUUUUUCCCGUUUCUCAAGUGGUUGGAUCCGCAGAGGAUCAAGAAGAGGUCGGAGUUUUACUUGGGGAGAUUGCUUGGUGUUUUGGGAGGGAUAAUUGAUGAGAGGUUUGAAUCAAGAUCUAUGGAAUUGGAGAGGAAGAAUGAUUUGUUGGCUGUGAUUUUCGAUCUCAUGGAGGAAUCUGAUGAGUAUGACUUUAACUUCAAGGACAUUCGACAUCUGUUUGUGGACUUAUUUGUGGGAGGAUCAGACACGACUCAAUCCACAGUAGAAUGGGCAAUGACAGAACUGCUAGCUAAUCCAGAGAAGAUGAGUAAUGCAAAGAAUGAGCUGAAAAGUGUGAUUGGAGAGAAGAAGCAAGUUGAAGAAUCACACAUAUCAAGACUCCCAUACUUGCAGGCACUGAUCAAAGAGACCUUACGGCUCCAUCCUCCCGUUCCGUUUCUGGUUCCUCGACAGGUGGAUCGCGAGGUCAAGAUUGGGGAUUACAUAAUUCCCCAACACUCCCAGGUAUUCGUCAACGCUUGGGCUAUAGGCAGUGAUUCGAGCAUCUGGCCCAACCCUACUUCUUUCAAGCCUGAAAGAUUCUUAAACAACAAUAUAGAGUUUAAGGGCCAAGAUUUCGAGCUUAUUCCAUUUGGGUCAGGGAGAAGAAUGUGCCCGGGUUUGCCUCUGGCCGAUAGAAUGUUGUCUCUAAUGUUGGGCUCUAUGCUUCACAAUUUUGAAUGGGAAAUGGAAGGAGGGGUGAGACCUGACACCACGGAUGAGUUCGGAAUGGUACUACACAAGGCAGUUCCUCUCAAGGUCAUUCCACUUUGUUGUUUCUGAAAUCUGGACCUCUUCUUUUACUUGAAAAUUUGGAUGAGAUCUUGGUGUGUCGUAUUUUCAUCCCUACUUUAAUAAAAAUAAAUUUGGAUGAUAUCUUGGUCAUGUGUUGUAUCUCCAUUCCUACUUUAAUAAAAAUUUGGUUUGAUUUGUUUAUAA